CACUAUCCAAGAGCGCCAUCUAUGGGGGGAAAUUUGUCCCUGCGCGCCCGCCGUACCGACACACCACCACACCACUGCAAAACACAGCACAGGCCGAGCCACUCACUGCCUCUGAAUAAGGACAAGGAAUUCCGUCAAGAUGUCUGACAUGGAAGAUGAUUUUAUGUGCGACGAUGAAGAAGAUUACGACCUGGAAUACUCAGAGGACAGUAAUUCAGAGCCAAACGUGGACCUGGAGAACCAGUACUACAACUCCAAAGCUUUGAAGGAGGACGAUCCCAAAGCAGCACUCAGCAGUUUCCAGAAGGUAUUGGAACUAGAGGGAGAAAAAGGUGAAUGGGGAUUCAAGGCGCUUAAACAAAUGAUCAAAAUCAACUUUAAGCUGACCAAUUUCCCAGAGAUGAUGAAUAGGUACAAACAGCUCCUCACAUAUAUCAGAAGUGCUGUCACCAGGAACUACUCGGAGAAGUCCAUCAACUCCAUUCUGGACUACAUAUCUACCUCCAAACAGAUGGAUCUGCUGCAAGAGUUCUAUGAAACCACACUGGAGGCUUUGAAAGAUGCAAAAAACGACAGAUUGUGGUUUAAAACCAAUACAAAGUUGGGGAAGCUGUACUUGGAGAGAGAAGAAUAUGGAAAACUGCAAAAGAUCCUAAGGCAGCUUCAUCAGUCGUGUCAGACAGAUGACGGUGAGGAUGACCUGAAGAAAGGCACACAGCUGCUGGAGAUCUACGCUCUAGAAAUCCAAAUGUACACCGCACAGAAAAACAACAAGAAGUUGAAAGCGCUGUACGAGCAGUCACUCCACAUUAAGUCUGCCAUUCCUCACCCUCUCAUAAUGGGAGUUAUCAGAGAGUGUGGGGGAAAGAUGCACCUGAGAGAAGGCGAGUUCGAGAAGGCUCACACAGACUUCUUUGAGGCCUUUAAAAACUACGAUGAAUCUGGGAGCCCCAGAAGGACGACAUGCCUGAAGUACCUGGUCUUAGCAAACAUGCUGAUGAAGUCAGGAAUUAACCCCUUUGACUCUCAAGAGGCCAAACCAUACAAAAACGACCCUGAGAUCCUAGCAAUGACCAACUUAGUAAGCGCCUACCAGAACAAUGACAUCACCGAAUUUGAGAAAAUCUUGAAAACAAAUCACAGUAACAUAAUGGACGACCCGUUCAUCAGAGAGCACAUAGAGGAGCUUCUACGCAACAUUAGAACUCAAGUGCUUAUCAAACUCAUCAAACCAUACACAAGAAUACACAUCCCUUUCAUUUCUAAGGAGCUGAACAUUGACGUGUGCGAUGUGGAGAGUUUGCUUGUGCAGUGCAUCUUGGACAACACAAUCCACGGACGCAUCGACCAGGUCAACCAACUUCUAGAACUGGACUACCAGAAAAGAGGAGGAGCUCGCUACACUGCAUUAGACAAAUGGACAAAUCAGUUGAACUCCUUGAACCAAGCCAUUGUCAGCAAGCUCACAUGAUGGCAUUACAAAUCAAGAGACAAAGGAAACGGCAUGUUUGAAGACAUCCAUGAAGUAUACUGUGCUUCUUCAACUAUAUCUGGCCCGACGAAAAUGCACAACGCGCGUUUUAAGAAUGCAUCGGUUUCGAGAAGACUCAGAGAACCCCGAGAACAUGUUCAGUCGUUUUUUUUUGUUUUUUUUCCCCCCCUGUCCUGAUGAGAAGAAAUCACUGACACCUGUUUUUGUUUUUCAUGUUGAUUGGCAAAUUCUUCAAUGUGCACCAGACAAAAGCUUCUACUGUUAAAGGAAAAAAAAAGUCCAAACGUGUAUGAAAGCGUGAUCGCAGUAUUUUAAUGUAUACUGUUGGUAAUAAACAGAUGUCUCAGCACUGAAAGCGCUGCCUUUGACUAGUCACAAGGCUUCGGAUGGGCUGAAAUGCAAUUCUAAGUCGGAUACAAGUAUGAACAUUAUUAUCUGUGUUUUUGAGCAAUAUCAGUGUUAAUUUUAGGAACAUUUUAUCCUUAAAUUUCCAUGUCCUUUUAAAAUUGGAGGAAAGAAAAUGUCC